GCCAAUGGGAGUGAGUUAUGGCUGUUAUGCAUAACACACACAGUGUAUAGGCUUUAAGCGUAUAGAGAAUGCAUGACUAGUGGCACAGCAUUGCUAUAGCAUUAGCACAACGUUUAAUACAGCACUCAAUGCUAUAAUACAGUAUAAACCGGCAAAUCAUUCAAUACCUCUCUCUCAUAGAGAGAGAGUGAUAACUUAGUCACAAACGCCAGUAUAUAUCCACAGAUAAUCACAUAAAUUCAUAUCUGAGAGAAAAUCUUGUAAUUUGACGUCACAUUGAAAUCGCGAUCACAUUUGCAUCUGCGGUCACUUCCACUGUCGGGAACUGUUUAUAUACUGAAAUCAAUAGACUGUUGUAUAAUAAGUCACUUCUCACGCAAAUCUCCAUAAGUAAUGGAUAAUAAGGACGAAUUGGUUCAAAGGGCUAAACUGGCGGAACAGGCCGAGAGGUACGACGAUAUGGCCGCCGCCAUGAAACAGGUCACUGAGACCGGCGUCGAGCUGUCCAAUGAGGAGCGAAACCUACUGUCCGUGGCCUACAAGAACGUUGUGGGCGCCCGACGGUCCUCCUGGCGGGUCAUCUCAUCCAUCGAACAGAAGACCGAAGGAUCCGAACGGAAACAACAGAUGGCCAGAGAAUACCGCGAGAAAGUGGAGAAAGAGUUGCGGGAAAUCUGUUACGAUGUGCUCGGACUUCUCGACAAGUUUUUGAUCCCAAAGGCCAGUAAUGCCGAAAGUAAAGUGUUUUACCUUAAAAUGAAAGGCGAUUACUACCGAUAUCUGGCCGAAGUGGCCACUGGUGACCAAAGGAACAGUGUUGUGGAUGAGUCCCAAAAGGCCUAUCAGGAGGCGUUUGACAUAAGCAAAAGCAAGAUGCAGCCGACGCACCCGAUCCGGUUGGGUCUGGCGCUCAACUUCUCUGUAUUUUACUACGAGAUCCUCAACUCUCCCGACAAGGCGUGUCAGCUCGCGAAACAGAAGUCAUAUCAGGAGGCGUUCGACAUAAGCAAAAGCAAACUACAGCCCACACACCCGAUCCGUUUGGGUCUGGCGCUCAACUUCUCGGUGUUUUACUACGAGAUCGUUAACGCCGCCGAUCGGGCCUGUCAUCUGGCCAAACAGGCGUUUGACGACGCGAUCGCGGAAUUGGACACUCUUAACGAAGAUUCCUAUAAAGAUAGUACGCUCAUAAUGCAGCUGCUCAGAGACAACCUUACGCUCUGGACGUCUGACACACAGGGAGACGGAGACGAACAACAAGAGGGCGGAGAUAAUUGAUAAAUAUAUUUCGGAUCCGUUCUCUGCAUUCCCAUCAAAAUCAAUAAUUAUUAUUAAUAAAACAAAUGUUCGCAUCUCUUCUCAACUCCUGUCCCCUUCCCUACCGUU